CUGUACCUUCAGUCAUGUCUCGCCUCUCAGCGCUUCUUCUUGCCAUUUUCGUUUUUGGGGCCGUGAAGGCGAAGGACUCCGUGGACUGCUCAAAGCCACCCCCAGGAUGGCCAAGGCAACCACCAAGCUGUUGCGACCAGCCCUACCCAACUGAUCACAUGAGGAAGCAACUUGUGGCCUGUAUAAGGCAAUAUGGUGCGCCUUCUUCUGCAGUCCUCACUGAGAAAUCUAUCCGUGAGAGGAGAAGUUGUGUUGAGGAGUGUGUGUAUAGAUCCGCCGGAUUCAUUAACAAGGAAGACAGCGUUCUGCAAAGAGAAGCAAUAGAAGAACAACUGAAAUCCGUUGCUGGCGAUUCUUGGGAGAAAGCUAUAUCAGAAUCUUUGAAUGCAUGCUUCAAAGAAGCUGAAGAAAUAGAAGAUUCACUCUCUGCUUCAUCUUCUGUAGAAGAGGAAUCGUCAUGCAGUUCCAUACCAGAAAGAUUAACAUUUUGCUUAUCAAGACAACUUUUCUUGAAUUGUCCCGAGGAUACGUGGAAAAACACCCAAGAAUGCCAAAUCGUUAAAAAGAGAAUGGAGGAAUGCAAACAACUACUUCCGCCACCACCCAUCCGAUUCAUCAGGCCAGGUCCACGACCACCGAUAGUUGACCAAUAAGACAGCUGAACGGAGAUCAAUGAAUCAUCAUUGAAAUAUUUACAUUUUUCAUUUCUUCAUUCUUUAGUCAACAUAUAUACCGUUUGUAUAUUGCAAAAAGUCAUUAAGUACUCAUUUGAUGAAUGAAUAAAGUAGAAAUUUGUGAUUUUCGAUCAUAUUUAUCAAUGCAAAAAUCAUUAACUGCAUUGAAAGAACAGAAGCUCUGUGAAAUAUCAGCCAAGUGAACAACGGCUUGAUUUUGGAGUGGUAAAAUCUAUUAGAGAUUUAAUUUUAUAUAAUGUUACUUAAUGACUUUUUACAACAAAUUAAAUAUAGGACAUAAGUUAAUUAAAUAUAGAAUUAACUCUGUAUUUUGUCAAUUCUGAGAUUUUUAUUGAUCUCAUUUUUAAUUUAAAUAAUAAAGUGAUUAUAAUAAAAAAGGAUUAGUACUGUCCAUG